UGGAAUGCUCAACUCGAAAGUGGUUCAAUUCUUCAGUAGGACACGCGUUUUGUGCGGUUGAUUUGUACCUAUAUAGAGUUUAGACUGCAACCAUGGGCUGUGAGGUUUAUCGGAGCGGUUUCCUGAAGGAUUUGUUGCUGGAUCGUGAAGUGGACGUCUACGAACAGCUGUUGUUAUUCGGCCAGUCGCCGCACCUCUUCUGGGAGCGGGUAGAUCGACUUGAAAAAUCCGCUUUAGACGCCUUGGUGCGCUUGUUGAUACUGUGGAACAAACAGCGGGAACCGGCUCAGAUCGAUUUGCGGAGAUUUUUCCGAUUAGUCGAGGAUAACUACUUAUACCUGCAAAAGGACGAGACAUGCCUUGGUCUACUGAUUAAUGUUUUAGGGCUGAGCUGUUUCUUGGAGACUGAUAAUGAAAAAUGCCUUUCAGUAAUAGAAGAAUGCACAACGAGGUUAUGCUCAGAAUACCAGGAAGUGCCAGUUUUUUACGACAUACUGAGGAUUCUGUUAACAGUAUCGAUGGAUAAACCUGUGCUGGCUUCAGUUUGGAAAAAGCUGGAUAAAAUAUUUCUGAUGAAAAACUUAUUUUCCGAAUCACACAGCUUGAAAAUUAAGUCACUUGUUUGCGUUCAGCUGCUGAUGAAUUUCUGUCCGGAGAUAACAGAAGAUUGGUUCCAGACUAUACUUACAGGAAAAGAACAUCGAAUAGCUCCUGCUUUUUUGAGUUUUGCACUCUGUCAUUUCAUCGAUAGUAUGACACUACUUCAAGAUUCAAAGGACAGUUUCAUAAAAGUAAUAAGCAAUGAAAGCAUGUGGGACCUUCUUUAUGAAAACAUCAAAAACGACGAUCGACUCAUUCGGAAGGAAUCACUUUCAGUUAUCAAAAAACUAGUAUCUUAUUUAAAUGAAAAAUCCUUCAAGGAAACAAUACAGCAGAAACUGUUCCAAUGGAACUCCGAAGAAUCGCGCUGCAUAACUGAAGCUUGGCAAUGUUUCAUUACAAUUGUGGAAACUUUAAACGAAUCGCAGACUCAUUUGGUCCUGCCAGCACUACCACUGAUUACGAAAUUGAACUGCCUCGCGAAUGAAUGGAAAAAUUGUGUACUUUUCCUCAUGCUGAAACACGAAAAUAAUGCCGUGUCGGAUUGGACGUUAAACCACAUUUUAACUCAAUCAAGUUACAGUGCCAAACGACCGGAACUGGAGAUGGCUGUACUCGAAACUUUGAACCAUACCACUGUUUUUCAAGAUUCGAAGAAAAUUAAAAGUUUACUCACACAAUAUUACGCGACUGCAGAAGCGACUACAUUUUUAUUAAAAAGCAUUAAAAAGAUCAAUUGGGCAUCGGUUCCAUUCAAGAGUUUAUUGGACGUCUUGACUAAACUCUUCGAAAACGAUAAUGAAGUACAAUGUCUAGAUGAAACGAUUCGUGAUCUACAUAAUGCUUGUAAUAUGAUUAAAAAUCGUUGCUUACGAAUAUUGGCGUCGCAUGCUCUCUGUGAGCUUCUAUUGAAAUUGAUCUCUAGAAAUGGUAACCGGAGAAGCAUUUCACUUGUUACGGCUUUAUUAACCUUGGAUAAUCUCUGUGCUGUAACAAAUGUAGAGUUAAACAAAUGGCAACAGUGGCCUUUGGUUUUCCAACUUAUAAAUGAAACAGAUUUCAGAGAAAUUUUAAAAAUGAUUCAACCAUCCAAUUGCAAUAUUAUUAAGUGCAUUUUAGUUCCCAAGAUGACAAAAGACUUAUUUAUUGAAAUUUUGAGUGAUAACCCACAACUGGCUAUUGAAUUUUACAGUUGUGCAGAUAGAGACCUUAAAGAAGAAAUAUACUACAUCUUAUUGCAAUUCUCAGAGCAAAGUAUCGAUAUAAUUCAUCGAAGCCAGGAAACAGCAAAAGUCAUUCAAAGAAUACAAUUAUUAGAAAAAUUGUUUGACAAUAAGAACUCGAAAUCUAUCUAUCAAAAAAUUGAGGAGAAAUUGAUUGUGGCUCUGGAAGCUCGCAUGGACCAAUUUGAUUAUAACACCGAAUCAAUAGCCAUUACAAUUUUCCUAAACAGACUCUGUCGAUCAUCUGAUGGUGCUAAUAAUUGUUUCUUUGAAACAUUUUCCUUGGAUCAGCUUAUUAAUAGCAUACAAUCCCAAAAAAUAGCUAAAACAUAUUUAGAGGAAAUAUUUUUAUCAUUGAGCGAAAUUUACCAUGAUCGAUUGUUCAGAAAGAAAACGUACCUUUUCGGAACCGACUACAACAUUAUUCAGGCAAACUAUGACAAACUCAUCGAUCGUGGUGACCACCGAGUACUUCUCAAUACAAUUCGAAUAACAGCACACUUAGCUAAAAUGCAAGAUUCGGAUGAUGAAGUCGAUCGCUUGAAGAAAAUAACCGAUCGUUGUUACAAGGAGAUCAUGGUUUAUCGCAAAUCGGAACAUUUUCCUUCGCUGAUGAGCACAUUUAUCGAAGCACUGUUUGCUCCUUAUGCAAAUUCAACAUACGACCCGGAUUGCAACUCAACUGAAUGGCUGGGGCAAGUGGUCAACGACUACUGUCAGCUGAUCCUGGACCAGGCUGUUGCUAUCCCGGAUAUGGCCGUAGCGCUGUUUAGCAACAUGUUACAGCUUCCGAGCUGUGAACUGCUGCUCGAAUGGGCCACGUUUGGAAAGAUUUUACUGGCCGGAUUGCUCUUUGGCGAAGGCCAGAAAAAGGAACAGAGGAUUGAAGAUGAAUGUUGCAUGAGCAGUGAAUUCUACGAAUCAUCACUUCUCAGCUUGCCCGAACUGCAACAGGAAUCCAGGGUACGAUUGUUAUGUGCUAUGUUUUUGUACAAAUUAUCUGCCACCAAUCACCCAGAUGCCAUGCUUUUCCUCCUCAAACUUGAGCGCAUGUUGAUGGAAAAAUUCCAACAAAUCAGCAAAACCAAAGAACGAUACUACGCUAACUCUGCUACGCACCGGUCCAAGCUCCGAAUUGUUCAGGCGCUUUGUAUCCUGUUGAAACUAACCGGAACCAAACCGUACCCCUUGCUUGAAGUUGUUCUGUACGAAACCAACCAACCGAAUAUCAACUAUCUGAUCGAGCUUAUUUUAGCUGAUUCGCCCAUCGACAUACUUACAAUGAUCAAUGCUCUCAAAUCGGAUCGAGUCAAAGUUUCCGGCGUGGAGUCGUUGUUUGUGAUCGUCUGGUUGCGAAGCUGUAAGGUAAACUAUUUGGACGAGAGUUUUAUUAGUUUCCUACUGCCUUGGACUAUGGCACAGAACUUUUCAAUACGUCUGUAUGCACAAAUAACAAUCUCUAAGCUGCUGGAGAAGUUUGUCCUAAACCCGGAAGAUCAUUUCGUCUAUAAGGCUAUCAACAGUUAUCUUCGACAAGGAAAUGUGGAGCGCAAUCUGGAAAAGUAUAUGAAGGAUUUUCGAUUCAAUAGCCUGUUUGACUAUCAAAAUCUACUAACUUUGGAAAACAUCUAUAAUAAUAUUCCACGUGUUUCCGAGAUGGCAACAGAAGACGUGGUUUCGAGUCGGGCACUUGAAGAUUGUCUAAAAAGAAUGGGCCUGUCCGGUCAUGUUAAUCUCGGACAGGCUCUUGUUUUCGAGCAGAUCGCAAGCGAACGGAAGGAAUCUCUGUUCCUGAGUCAGGGUUUUAGCAGUUCCGAUUACAUUCAGAAGAAAAUCGUCCCACUAAAAUCAAUCGAACCGAGUUUGGAUACGUUGACCAGUUUACCACAGCAGUUGCGAUUGAAGAAAAUAGAAAACACCGAUGGUUUGAUAAUAAUUGCUAGCUUGGUUGAUAGACCUCCAAAUUUAGGCGGCUUAGCUAGAAGUAGCGAAAUUUUUGCUGUUAAACAGUAUAUUAUCAAUUCUUUGAAGGAUUUAGAUAACAAAGAAUUCCAAGCGCUAAGUAUGACAGCAGAAAAGUGGUUGAAUGUAGCGGAGCUAAAAUCCUUUCAAAUAGUCGACUAUUUAUUGGCGAUGAAAAUGAAGGGAUACUCAAUAGUUGGGGCCGAACAAACUACCGGUAGUCGACCCAUUCAGCAGAUAAAAUUCCCGAAACGAUCGAUUCUUGUGCUGGGCCACGAGAAGGAAGGAUUGCCAGCUCACAUAAUUUCACACCUGGACAUCAUUGCCGAAAUUCCUCAGUUUGGAGUAGUUCGCUCACUGAACGUGCACGUGACCGGGGCAAUAUUUAUGUGGGAAUAUGCCAAACAACACCAUUUAACUGAAUGCUGCUGAUUAAUUGAAGACAAGUUUACGUAGAAGUUCACUUUAUUGAAAGUUUUUGUAAAUAAAUUUCACAUAAAUUUUUAAAUU